CCCACCCCGCCCCGCCCCGCCCCGUCCCGUCCCGCUCGGGCGCCAGUUCCCGCUCCGGCGGCGCAUCGCGGCGGGAUUAUGGCGUUUACGCUCUACUCGCUGCUCCAGGCCUCCCUUCUUAUUGUCAACGCUGUAGCUGUACUGCAUGAAGAGCGCUUUCUCCGACACGUUGGCUGGGGAAGUGAUCAAGGGAUUGGAGGAUUCGGAGAGGAACUGGGAAUUAAAGCACAACUAAUGAACCUUAUUCGAUCUGUACGAACCAUUAUGAGAGUGCCAUUAAUAGCAUUAAACACCGUUACGAUCAUUCUCCUCCUGUUGUUUGGUUGAAAAUACCCAUUGCAAAAUCUUUUUGGACAUCAAAGGAAGUCAGUUGCUGACAAUUAACACUCCGAGUUCUCUGGGAUCCAUCAUGGUUUAGCUGUCAAUUUGACAUUCAACUUUAAAAAUAAAUAAAUAAAUAAAUACACUAUUUCUAUUUAUCCCAUUUCCUAAUGUUCACUUGCAGUUUCAUUACACAAGAUAAUGGGAUCAAUGCAACAAAGCUGCAAAUAUACCAGACUACGACCAGAUCUGUUGCUGCCUGUUAGUGUUGACUGUUAAUUAUAUGUCACUAAGAUAUUGCGCUGAUUGUCGAUAGGAUGCGUUUUUUUAAAUGUCUCAUUACUCAGGGAUGAAUUUCCGUCAGUCCACUUUCUGAUUUAUUAUUAAAUGAAGAAAAAACAAGUGGGUUUUGUUUCAGUUACUACCACAGUACUACUUAAAAGAAUACAAAUUAGGCAUUGAAAACGUUAUAAAUUAUUGAAGUACAGUUGUGAUAUUGAGAUGGUAAAAGUCUCGAAGAUGGGUAAAGUCUCAAUUCAGUUCACAUCGGAAGGUGAAUUUUCCCGUUUUGAGAACAGGAUUUUUCUCUCGUGUGUUUGAUAAGACUUCAAAUCAAGAAUGUUUCGUGCUGAUGGUGAAGUAAGUUGAAAAUAGGUGCAAUUGCUAUGCAAAAAUCUAAAAAAGUUGUACCUAAAGCUGGGCAACUCUGUUAAUUUAGACUAGCAGGCGAUAUUAGCAAUUUAGCAUUUGUUACUGUUCUGUCAAGAAUUAUUAUAGUUUUAAAAAUGUGUGUUAAACUUCCACAUGGUGAUUAGUGUGACGGAAGUGGACAACCAUUUGUAGUUGGAGCUUCUUGAGAAAUGCGGGAGGGGAAUAAUGUGCCCUUUCCAAAUGCAAUUCUUUGUCAAAAACCAGCAAAUUUCCAGCCUCUUCUAUUAGUGCUUCUUCCUCCUGCCCUCCAUCUUCCUUUGUUAAAUUAACAAUUUGCUGAAAUGGAAACUGUGAGUGUGAUCUUGCAGUUCUGUCGCAGAGAUUAUUGCUAACUGCAAUCUUCUCUCAAUUAGGACUGCUGGGUUAGGUCCAAUGUUUUCUAGCAAGUCUGAACUAAAGAAGGCUGAUUCUUAUGUACUUUUUUAGAAAAGUUAGAAGUCUUCUGUCUGUUCCUCUGCUAAAGUGUUUUAGCUUCUUUUUAAAGUGGGGAAAGACAAAGGAAAUGUGGCAGUUUCAUUAUUUUAAAACAGUUUAUCAUCUCUUCUUCUGACGUCUUGAUGACUAAAGCAUACAUGGUUGUAUGCAAAGAUAAAUCUGUAAAAUGUGUAAAUGAUCUUCAAUUGCAGUGUUUUGCAGAGUAGAGUAUAUCCAGGAGAAGAGUUUGAUGUUGUUGUUUUUUUUUUUUUUUCUUAGUGAAAACUUGUAAAUAAAUUUUGAAUUUCUAAGUUAAAGCACUCUCAUAACUCACUAUAUUUCUGUCUACAGUGGGAGUAUCACAAAACUCAGCUUCAUCCUGUUCCAGAUAACCGGCAUUACUGUUUUUACAUGAAAUACUUUUUUUUUCUCUCAUCCCUGUGGCACUUUUAGUAUCUCUUCUUCGCUACAAAGCUGUAUUUUGGUUUAUGUAACAAAGCUAAUGAGCAACAGUAACAUUGGCCAGAGGCAGAAUAGGAUCAUGGUAGGCUUUAAAUUCUAAACUAGGUAGAUCUAUUAUAAAAUAUUCCUUAUUUUGUGUAAUUUGGAGGUCACGAGGGUACAGUCUGGAUCAGUUAUUUUCAUAUAUUUAUCUUUCAUGGAAACAGGACAAGUAUGUAUGUGGAACAGAUAAAACAUGGAAGGUACACAGGAGUUUUUGUAAAAAGAGCAGUGGUGGAUGUUUCCAUUGCUGAUGCGUUGGAGUACCAAAUGAUUUGAAGCACAGCUUGCAUAUUAUUUCCUUUUGAUAUACAUUGACUGUUAAAACUGUCUUUUCCUAAAAUAAAAACCAGUACUAAAGAUUA